CCAUCAUCAUCAUCAUCAUCAUCAUCAGGUGGUGAUGACGAGGCAGCCGUCGCGAGGGCAUCACGCUGCUGUCCAUCACGCACCGGCCCAGUGUCUGGAAAUACCACACGCACGUGCUAGAGUUCGACGGCGCCGGCGGCUGGUCGUUCCGGCCGCUCGACCGCCUCGCCGCCGCCGCGCCCGCCGUCGCCAUCGCCGACUACACGCACGCCGCCACCGCUACCGCCACCGCCACCGCUACCGCCACCGCCACCGCCGCCACCGCUACCGUCACCGCCGCCGCGCCGCAGGAGGCUGAUAGAGCGAUCGCUGUGCAGAAUUAGCAAAACAUACUUUACUAGCUGUGCCCGCGACUUCGUACGCGUGAAAACCCGUUUUCGCAACAUUUUUCAUUAUUGCUCUGCUCCUAUUGAUCGUAGCGUGAUAUUGUAUAGCCUAUAGCCUUCGCCGAUAAAUGGGCUAUCUAACACUGAAAGAAUUUUUCAAAUCGGACCAGUAGUUCCGGAGAUUAGCGCGUUCAAGUAAACAAACAAACAAACUCUUCAGCUUUAUAAUAUUAGUAAGUAUAGAUUUGCAGAGUGGCGUACAUGGGCAGCAUUGCUGUAGUAAAAACAUUUUAUUUGCUGUGACACGAUGUACAUUCACUUUUUAAAGGCUGAUUUACACGUAUUAAGUAGAUAAGUAGAUAACUAUGGUACUUCCUGUCAAGUUGGUGGGCGGGGCUUGUCCUUUGACACGUUUUGACAAACACUUUCAUAGUAAACAAGAGCUUGACGUUUGGAAUUAAGUUAAAAUUUAGUUACGCUGCAAAUUGAUCACAUAAAAUUAAGUUAAAGUUAAAUACUUAACUACUUAAUACGUGUAAAUCAGCCUUUAGAGGCAAUACCAACAUUUUCGUCAAUAAAUCGUUGGUUAUCACCACUAAACAAAAAAUCAAAUGCUGAGUUGAAUGCUAUAAAAGUAAAUAAAAAGAAAACGAAAUAAAUUUAGUCAGUUUUGCAUCUAACCCGGCGCAUUAGACUACAUUUUUGUAGCUUAAUCUACAACUAAAUAUUACGGCCAUUUUUAUAGCAAAACUCACAUUUCUUACAACCACAUGCGACACAGUGUUUUUCUUAACAUGCUGUCGUUUAUACCACUCGAUUUCCACCAAGCAAGUCACAUCACUGGAGUCAGCCUUAGAGCUGCUAUUGACGUAUGUGACAUGACUGUACCAACUGAACUAAACGAAAACAAUAUGAAAAAUUUUUCAUAAAAUUUCUUCAGUACAAUGUACAAAUUUUUUUCGACCGGUAACUUUUAUCGGACGAACAAAAAUGUGUACUAAUUACACACAAACGAGUUAUUUCGUUACCUAGUGACAAAAUUUAAAAACCAACGUUUCAUAGUUUGAAGUAGAGUCACAAUCAGCAAGAAAACUAAUACGUCAUAAUUAUCAUCAUUUUACAAUAAAGAGUGAUUACCUCUUUCAUCUAUCAUGAGAUGACGCAGGCCGUCAAAUUAUAUAUUUAUAUUAUAAUAUUAUCGGUGAGAAUUACAAAAUUACACUUUUACUAUACUUAGCAUCACAAAGUAGGCGACACACCAUCCAAAAUAGGAGAUUUUCAAUAAACUUUUCAUGUGAUAUAAUGAAACAAAAAAUCGUAGCAAUAUAGUAAGUUACCAUUAUUAGAAUCGGCGAGGAACGCGUGUUAAAGUUAGGCCUUAUGGUGAGUCCAGGAUAUGUUAACACGUUAUAAAAUACAGUUAUGUUAUAUAACAAAAGUUAAAUAACAUGUAACAUAAUUUGGACGCACCCUUACGUAUACGACGCACAAGUAGCGACCUUAAAGGAAUUAGUGAUGUACACUACGAUUUUAUGUAACGUUAGUGAUGACGUACACUACAAUUUAUGUAACGUAGAUGACGUUUUAUGUAACGUUACUGCACGUUGGAUUAAAAUAAGAUUUUUAUAAGGAAUAUAGUACCAGGAACCACGACACCAGUAGUAAAUGUAGUGAUUAUUAUUAUGUAGUUUUUGAUUCGAAUCAGAAAUUUGACAUUUAGAACUGUCAUUGCUAUGUGUGAUGUGAUACGACUGUUCAAUUUAUAUGAUUUUUAUUAUUACAAUUUGAAAUAAUGCAAAUGAAAAUGUGAUUUCCAGUUAUUUACUUGAUUUUUAUUUUAUUUGAAUUAUAUGUUAACUGUGUAAUGUCAUUUUUUACUUGUAAUGGCAACAUUGCUUCUGUCAAUUACUGAUUUGAAUCGUAAGCUAGAGUUUAGUUAAUUAAUAUUAAGUGAUGAAAUUUUCUCUUUUAUGAGAUUAUCAAAUGGCUGUUGAUGACUUUUAUUAUUGUGAUUUAUUUUCUUCGUAAAUGUUUUAUUGUACUUGUGAUUAUAACAUAUCGGAGAUCGUAUGGAUAUAGUUUUUUAUUUUAUUUAUUUUCUACUUUCGCUAAAGCGUGUAUAGUGUAAAUACGUUAGUGUAAAGAGAGGUU